CCAAAUGGGUGUGGGACCGUCUAUUGUGCCCAUAAAUAGGCCACACUCCCCUUGACAAUGUCACAGAAUACUAAAUUCCCUUUGGACUUCUUCACGCUUUCAAUUUGACCAGAAUCUUUUCAUUUCCUGAUAUCCUCACAGGUGUCACGAUGGGUUCCCUCCACGAAGAGGCCAAUUUGGUCGAGAAAGUGUGUGAGAUUUAUGACAAAAUCUCCAUGCUUGAAACGCUCAAACCCUCUAAAGACGUCGACAGUCUCUUCAGCCAGCUCGUCCUCACAUGCAUUCCACCAUCUUCUAUCAACAUAGCCACUCUUCCAGAAAAUAUUCAGGAGACAAGGUCUAAGCUCAUUAGACUUUGUGGUGAGGCUGAGGGCCAUUUAGAGGCCCAUUUCUCUACUCUUUUAGCCACUUUCCCUAACCCUCUUCACCCUCACGCCUUCCCUUACUAUUCAAACUACAUCAAGCUUAGUCGUCUUGAAUUUGACAUCCUCAGCCGACACUACUCCACAGAACCCGGUGUCGUACCCAAGAGUGUUGCUUUUGUGGGAUCUGGCCCUUUACCUCUCACCUCGAUUGUCUUAGCUUCUAAUCAUUUAACGAACACAUGUUUUCAUAACUAUGACAUUGAUCAUGCAGCGAAUUCCAUGGCCUCUAGCCUGGUUUCGCCUGAUCCUGAUUUGUCUCAACGGAUGUUCUUCCACUCAACUAAUAUAAUGGAGGUGAAGGAGGAAUUGAAGGACUAUGAUGUGGUUUUCUUGGCUGCACUAGUGGGGAUGGAUAUCAAUGAAAAGGUUAAAGUGAUCCAACAUCUGGCUAAG